GUGCUCUUCCGAUUACGAGCGGCGCCGGCCACACGACACGGACAAUUGUCACUUAAUUAUAAUAUUAACUCGAUUAAUUAGUAAACAAACAUGUGUCUGGAUGUGGACAACUGUUGCUGCUGCUUCAGCCUCGAGCUGGGAACCAAGAUCAUCGGCAUAGUGUACACAGCGCUGUCAGUAUGCGCGGUGCUGAUCUAUGCGCCCCUCGCCGUGAUGAGCGAGUCCCUCCCGCAGACCCGGCUCAUCUUCUACGCGACCCUGGCUGUACUGGCCGUGGUGGAGAUAUUUAUAGGCAGCCUGCUUAUACAUGGCGCUUUUAAGCGCAAGCCGCAGUUCACGUGGCCGUGGCUGGUGGUGGCGUGGUGGAAGGGGCUGGUGCUGCUGGUGCUGACGGUGGCCGGAAUGGUGCUGCUCACCUUCAACAGAGACGUCGACACCAUCACCGAAGCCAGUGCUGUUAUAUCCGUGUAUUUUGUUUAUUCAGCUCUCCUGCUAUACUUCGCGGUGGUCGUGAACAGCAGAAGACAGGAGCUGGUGCUGGAGAACUACUGGGCGAACAAGCACAUGCUGCGGCACGCGAAGACGCAGUACUACUAUGUAUAGAGACGAUUCGAAUAUAGACUUAUAGGCUUUAAUGUUAACACUAUUUAUGUUUAAUUAGUUAUUAAUUAAAUUAUAUUUUUAUAGGAA